GUUGUUUGAUUUCAAAACAGAGCAAGAGAUCCUAAAACAUCCAAACUGCAAAUCUCAGACGGCAUAAUACAGAAGCAUGGGCUCAAAAGGUUCUAGCAUCCUUAGCUUGGUAAAAUCACCCGCCCAGAUAAGUACAAUCACCAUCAUCGGAACUGGCACUGUCUACCUUCUGUAUCAUAUUUGGAAACCAAAAGGGCAACCCCAGAAAGAAAAUGAACAUGGUGAACUGAGAACUCAAAUAGAGCAACUGCAGAAAACAAUUGAGCAACUCCAGACCGAACUUCACCAACUCCAGACCAAACUUCACCAACUCCAGAAUGAACUUGAAUGGAGAAAGGCUCGUAAUGAGACAGAUGACAUCACUCUUGAUGCCGGAACAGCCCACCCCAACCUCUCCAUUGCUGGGGAUAAGAAGAGUUUGAAACAUGAAGCCCAACCUCAAAAAGUUCCAGCAAAUCCAGAGAGGUUUGAUUCGACUGUCUGUGUGUUGGGUUUUGAAGGAUUCUCUUCUGGAAAGCACUACUGGGAGGUGGACGUUAAGAAGAUCAGUGACUGGGACCUGGGAGUUGCCAAAGAAUCAAUACAGAGAAAAGGAAAACUUUCCUUAUCCCCUAAAGAGGGAUUCUGGGCUUUGGGUCUGAGUGGGAGAGAUUAUUGGGCAAAAACAGAUCCAUGGACCCAGGUCACGGUGCAGAAAAAGCCCCAGAAAAUUGGAGUUUACCUUAAUUGCCAAGAUGGGCGGGUGACCUUUUUCAAUGUAACUGACAUGUCUGUGUUGUUCACAUUUAAUGAUUGUUCAUUCUCAGGAGAGCUUUAUCCAUUCUUUAAAAAUUCCCACAAAGAAACAACAAUGAGAGUUUGUUCAAUUAAAGAAGAGUAAUCAAUUUAAAAUGCCAUGAUGUUCCGUUUUGUUGACCAAACACAGCCAAAGCCCUGUGCUGCUUCAUGGCACUGUUGACCAAACUGAAUCAAAGUAACAGAACACUUUGCAGUUAGAAGAAAGGUGAUCUGGAAUAACAUUCCCUGUGAAAUUAUAGUUACAAAUAUUGCUAAUGCUGCAGGGGUGGCUCCCCAAAUUAGGAAUGGAACUGUACUGGAAUCUCACAAACAGAGCUAUUAAUGAUGAAAGUAAUUUUUUUCAUUGCUAACUUCCUGUUUAUCUGGAUUAGGUGUAUUAGCAGCUAAGAGUAAGCAAAUGAUGUCCUAUACUAAUGUUUCUCUGCUAAACUGAAUAACCAAUCUUUGAGUCAGGUAUAAAUACAGAUGGGGAAUGCACCCAGUCUUGAGAAAGCUUGACCAGUUGCACUGCUGUCUUCAGGAUGGGUUGGUAAUCGAUUGACUUUUCCUUUCUGUAUUAUGUUGUACUAAUUUUGAUUAAUAAUUUUUGAUUAAUAAAAGUUGA